AUGGGGCAGACCAACUCGAAGGCCAAGGCCGCCUUUGUCGCCAGGGGCGCAUCCAAGAAGGCGGUCGCGGAGGACACGUCCAAGAAUCAGAGCCAUGACGUUGACGUGGUGGUCAGGAAGACGUCCAACAUCAAUGCAAAGUACCAGAUCGGCAAGACACUGGGCCGUGGCCAGUUCGGUGUGACUCGCCUAGCCAUCCACAGAAGGAGCGGAAGGGAGUUUGCUGUCAAGAGCAUCCCAAAGAAGCGCCUUGUUUCACAGCACGACGUCGAGUCGCUCAAACGUGAGGUCACCAUCAUGCACCUCCUGGCAGGCCAUCCAAACAUAAUAGAUGUGAAGAAAGUGUAUGAGGACCAAGAGAAUGUUCACAUCGUCAUGGAGCUGUGUACAGGCGGCGAGCUGUUUGAUCACAUUGUAAAUACAGGGAAUUACAGUGAGAGCGAUGCAGCCAAAAUGGUGAGGUCGAUGUUGGAGGUGGUGGCUGAGCUGCACGACUUUGGCGUUGUGCACAGAGACCUGAAGCCGGAGAACUUCCUGCUGUCGAGUAAGGAGCCCAACGCCCAGCUCAAGCUCAUUGACUUUGGUGUUUCACAAUUCUGUGAAGAUGAACAGUAUCUCAACGAGAUGGUGGGCAGCCUGUAUUACAUUGCUCCAGAGGUCCUGCGGAGAAAGUACAGCUUUGCUGCUGACAUCUGGAGCAUCGGUGUAAUAGCAUACAUAAUGCUGUGUGGGGAGCCCCCCUUCCACUGUGCUACCAACAUGGAGACCUUCAGAGCCAUACUAGAGCAGGAUUUGGAUUUCACGUUCGAGCCCUGGCCCAGCAUAUCGGAUGAGGCCAAGGGGUGUAUCAGGUGGAUGCUGCAGCGCAACCCAGACCAAAGGGGCACUGCCCGGGACGUGCUGCACCACGCAUGGCUGGAAAAGGUGUGUGGGCAGCGAAAACCGCUGGGCAACGCCGUGUUUAGGCGCAUGAGCGAGUUCACACAGUGCAACAGGCUGAAGCGGGUGGCCUUGAAGCUGAUUGCCUCCCAGAUGCCUGAGGAGGAGACUGAGGGGCUGCGCAAAAUGUUCAAGGCCAUGGAUACCGAUGGCAGUGGGACCUUGUCAGUAGCAGAGCUGCAGGAGGCGCUGACCAAGAAGGGUGCCAGCGUGGAGGAGCUGGAGCUUCUGACUCUUGUCGAGAAAGUGGACCUGGAUGACAAUGGGGAGAUCGACUAUGAGGAAUUCAUGGCUGCCAAUGUGCAGAUGCAGAAACUGGACUCGGAUCAGAACAUAAGGAUGGCAUUCAAACACCUAGACAGGGAUGGCAAUGGGUACAUAACCCCCGACGAAAUCGUGCACUGCCUCAUGACCGAGCAGGGCCUGACAGCAAUGGAGAUCGACGACAUCCUGGCGGAGGUGGAUGCAGAUGGGGACGGUAGGAUUGACUACAAGGAAUUUCAUGCCAUGAUGAGGGAGGGAGGCAGGCUGGACCACGACAGGGGGGAUGUGCCCAGGCGACCGUCGUCGAGAAUGAUUGGCUCACUGUGA